ACUCCGCUGGCAUGGUGGAGAAGCGGACCUGAUUAUUGUGAUGGUGGCAGGCGGCAGCAGCCAGUGACUACAGACUUCCGCCACUGCUUCCCAUAUCCGCGUUUUACGCCGUCUGGGCUACUCUAGUUGCUUCACAACCUGACUACCGAGGGCGCUUUUACUCUUUCACCCAACUAAGCAACAUCUUCACCGGGAUUUCUUUCAAACCAAAACCAUAUGAGAUGCAAGUUCACUGGGAAACUCCGGAGCCCGUUCGUUUCAGGCAGCAAAACUUUUUCUCAAAGGACAACACCGUAACACGGCGGGUGGACUGUUGCUGCUGCUCCGCGGGACGGUGUGUGUGUAUAUCACCGUAGAGUGCCUGCAAACCUCCAUACCUUUGCGGUAUUGUUGUUAUUUUCAGCGGAGUUGUUGUUAGCAGCGUGGCAGCAGCUUUAUUGUUCAGUUUGGGGCUUGCUCUCGGCUCACUCCGGCUGGGUGUUAUUUGUGUUUUCGGGAGCGGUUUGUUUGGAAACAUUGUCGAGGAGGGAAGAAGAGACGGUCAUUCUCCUAAACAUAUGACUGCUCGGCUCAAAGCCCUUUAAACCUUCCCGGUUGGUGUUCGCUUCGGCGGCUCUUGUCGGUUCCACAUUCCGUCCGCUGUCCGGCUGCUUGGGACCCUUCAGGGGGAGGACAGAGCGGGACACUCGGUAGUGGAGGUGGAGGAGGAGGUGUCCGGAGGAGGAGGUGGCGGUGGUGGCUUGACGGGGAGAAAAAGUUCUUCCAAAAUAGCAGCCAUUCGGCCUAGUGAUGGGGGACUUCGCCUCCCCCGCUGCCGGACCCAACGGCAGUAUCUGCAUCAACAACAGCAUGAACCCGGGCGCCGGGAACGUGGUGCCCGCCGGAGCGGUGGGCAUACCUAAGCACAGCACGGUGGUGGAGAGGCUGAGGCAGCGGAUAGAGGGCUGUCGGAGACACCACGUUACCUGCGAGAGCAGGUACCAGCAAGCGCACGCAGAGCAGCUGGAGAUAGAGCGGAGGGAGACGGUCAGUCUGUACCAGCGGAGUCUGGAGCAGAGGGCCAAGAAGUCGGCCGGCGGCAGCAGCAAGCAGCCGCAGAGCAAGCAGCAGGACCCGGACUCUGCCUCCUCCACGGAACAGAGGAAUAACACGCUCAUAGCGCUCCAGGAGACUGUAAAGAGGAAACUGGACAGCGCACGAUCUCCGCUCAAUGGAGAACAGAACGGUAUCUGUGAUGGAGGCAGCUACUCGCCGACUACCAAACGGGUACGGAAGGAGGGCCCCGGCGGUUUGGACUCACUAACGGGUCUCUCCAACAACAACAACAGCAAUGUACCACCCAUCUCUCCACUGCAUCACCAAAUGGACAUUAAGCCCUUACUUGGCGGGCCAAACACUUCCACCGGAAACAACACUACAAACAGCAAUGGCAACCACAUAGGCCAGGGGUCCGAUGAUCUUGGAAAGAACGGUGGAAGCCAUCUCUCGGACAUGAAGCUGAAUGGCUCGUUGGACCUUGAGGACAGCUUCGGGCUCCUCAAAGACUUAAAACAGGAGCCCCUGGAUGACGGGGGUGGGAUGGAGUCCUCUGAUCCCCAGUCUCUUUCCAAUCAGAACAAACUGUUCUCCGACAUCAACCUCAAUGACCAAGAGUGGCAGGAGCUGAUCGACGAGCUGGCCAACACUGUCCCGGAGGACGAUAUGCACGACCUCUUCAAUGAGGACUUUGAGGACAAGAAGGAGGCGGAGUUCGGCAGGCCGGCAAACAAUCAUACACCGGGCCCACAAGAAGCAGCUGGGAACACGACGGCACCGCCAGCAGCAGCCCUGCCUCCACCUCCUCAGCCUGGAGGAGGGCCCCAGGUGCCCAUGGGCUCUCCACAGGUCCGACCAUCGUCGUCAGGCCCUCAGUUUGCCACCACUGCCAACGGAACACCUCCUCAGCAACCUUUGCAGCAGUCUCCAGCCGUUGCCAUGGCAUCAGGUUCCCCAUUGCACAACUGCGUGGCUCGCUCCCCUCAGACCCCAACCCAGGCUCAGACACAAGCAGUCUCUAGGCCAGCCAAUGGAUACAUGAUGAACCCAGGCCCGGGGGUCAGUCAAGCGGGCACGGGACCUGGAGCGACGGGAGUUGCACCUGGAGGUCAGCCUGUUGGGCCAGUGACACCAGAACUUUCUCCAGCAGAGCAGCUAAAAGCAAUGGCUCAGCAGCGUGCUAAACUUCUGCAGCAGAAGCAGCAACAAGCAGCUAACUGGUCCCCUGCAGGAGCUCCAACCAGUCCUUAUAACUCUGGUCCCUUUAACCAAGACAAACCCAACAGCCCCAUGAUGUACCCACCGCAAGCCUUUAACGCUCCACAGGGCCCUCUAGUGGCUGGGAUGACCCCAAACAAUGGGCCCAAAGCCCCCAUGAACAACUACCUCCCUCACAACCACAUGGGCAUGAUGGGCCAGCAACAGCCAAACAGCAUCAACCAGAACGCCAUGACCAAACAGCAGCAGCACACGGCAGCCAUGUUGUCGUACAACAACACCAAACCGCUGAGUCACUUCAGCGGCAGUGGAGUCGAUCACAUGGGCCAGAGGAUGACUCCCCCCAUGGGAGGGAACAAUCAGGUCAAGAACCCCAUGAUGCCUCCCUACAUGGGCGGUGGGGGAGGCGGCGGCCAGGGCGCGGGGCCGGGGCAGACCCAGGGGCCAAUCCCGGGACAGACGGCCCACCUGAGUGAGGAGCAGAAGAGGAUGCUGCUGAUGAAGCAGAAGGUGUUGAACCAGAACAUGCCCUACAGCGCCAUGCAGCCUCAUGGACAGGAACAAGGUGUGGUGGGAAUGUCCCGACCGCCGGGCGCCAUCCCGCCUCCUCACCCUGCUGGGGGCGUGGCUUCUGGGGUGGGGCCCAACCAGGGUUCGGGGCCUCCUCCGGGCUACGUGGGCAACCAGCAGCAGGCGGCCAUGAUGAAGCAGAUGAUGGCAAUGGAGCAGGAGAAGAGGGUGCAGAUGCACAUGAUGGAGCAGCAGAAGCAGCAGCUCUUCAGGGAGCAGAGGCAGCAGCAGCAGCAGCAGCAGCAGCAGCUACUGGCCGAGCAGCUCCAACAGCAGCAGCAGCAUCUCCCCAGGCAGAUGGGCCAAGGCCAGAGGAAUCCAUACCCCCAAGUCAAUCAGUACCAAGGUCCUCCUCAGGAUCUGGCCUCAAGGAGCCAGGCUCUCCAGAACAUCCGGGCUGCCCGUCUCCUACAGCAGCAGCAACAGAACCAGCAGCAGAUGGUCCAGAUGGGUUCUGUCCAGGGUCAGGGGGGCUCCGUGGGACCGCAAACUGACAUGGGUCUACCCUACGGCAACCAGGGGUCCAGCCAGGGUUCCCUGUACGGGCUCAACCCCUCCAUGAGCCAAAUGAUCCACCAGCAGCAGCAUCAGAGCCAAAGUGUCCAAGCCUCCAUGGGUCUUCCACCGCAGCACAACCCGGCCGGGGGGCCGCCCCGGCAGGCAGGUGCAGGUCCUGGGGUCGGAGGGAUGCCCGGAGGUCCCGGAGGUGGUGGAGCCGGAGGGUACGGAGGCCAGGGGAUGUUAAUGAACUCGAUGACACAGCAAUCCCUGAAAGGACCCCCGAAUGCCAAAGCACAGAGACUGCAAAGCAUGCUGGGAGCAGGAGGCGGAGGCGGGGGGAUGGCGGCGGGUGGCUGGCCACAGCAGCAAGGACAGAGUCUGCAGGCCUUGGGGGGAGGAAUCGGAAGGACUACAGGAGGAGGGGGAGGGGACAUGGUGGGGUUCAGGUCUGCCCAGGGUUAUGGGAUGCAGCCGGGUCAACCCCAGGGCAUGGCCAAGCAACACUUUCAGGGUCCGGGCCAGGGCAUGAGCCAGGGAAUGGACCCCAGGGUGGGCAACCCAGCGGCGGGGAUGGGCGGCCCAAUGAUGGGCCCUCACAUGGGCGGUCAGCCAAGGACCAACCAGCCCCGGCCAAUGGUCAUGAACCAGGGAAUGAACCAGGGGGUGAUGGGCCAGGGGAUGACUGGGAUGGGGGGUUUCGGCCCAGGCCCUGGGGGGCCUGGGAUAGGGGCAGGGGGAGGAGGGGGUGGACCCUACGGACCAGGGGGAGUCGGGGUUGGAGGUCAGCCACCGGGCUACCAGAGGACAGCCAAUCAGGACAUGUCAUCCUAUGGAUAUGGGGGCGGGCCCUCAGGGGGAGGAGCCUUCGGAUUGGGCGAUGGCUCAGGGGCAGAGCUGGACUCAAGCGAUGGUUGGAUGGAGGAGUUUUUCCCAAACCAAUAGCCAACGGGAGAUGAGUUUUUACUGGAUGAACUAAAGUCGGACAAAUGCUAAAAACCUGAGAAAGUAAAACAAAAAGGAUGACAUGAUGCAGACUGGCAUGUUAUUGUUUUCUAAAACAUGAGCGUGUGUGUGUGUGUGUGUGUGUGUGUGUGUGUGUGUGUGUGUGUGUGUGUGUGUGUGUGUGUGUGUGUGUGUGUGUGUGUGUGUGUGUGUG